AUGGAUCAUAGAGAAAUUGAACUAGAUGUGAAUGCAGUCAAGAGAGGAAGAGGCGCCAUGUCAGAUGAGGGUGUUCAAGGUAAUCCACGCAAGAGGGGCAAGGAUAAUGGCGAUCCAGGUCCAUCAACGCUGGCUCAUCGAUCUCAACAGCAACAACCAUCAGCAGUAGUGACUUCACAGCAACCAACCCACGAGGACAACAUAGCAUUGAGCAAGGCGAUUAAGCGAAUUAGGGAGAAGAAGCCAUUAAGCUCCAAUCGUGUGAUGCCACCUGACAUUAUGAAGCUUUUGAAUCAACCCUCGGAAUCCGGUGUCAGUAUCUUGCAGUACUUGGCCAAGGACAAGAAUGCAAGCCGUAGAUUGAGAGAGAGCUUAGUAGCUAUUCAUCGAGCCAAGCCAAGGAAUGGUGGAACUACAGUGGUCAUCAAUGAGUUGACGCAACAACAGGAGGAUGGUAGUGAUAAUGGAUCAUCUUAUUACAGUGACAGUAGUGAGGAUUUAUCUGAUAAUGAUGGAUCGAGAAUCGAGAAUAGCAGCUACGAUUAUUCAUCUGACGAGGAGGAUGACCUGGAUACGGUGAUUGAUUACCCGUUUGAUCUCACGAAGCUGAUGAGUAGCCAGCCUAUGCGCACUAUGGUAUCCAUUAGUAACACCUUGAUGAUUGCCACUGUUGAUACGGGAGCAGCUAUAUCUGUGAUGAGUAGGCGACUCGCUGACACAUUGGGUUUGCAGUUGGAAAAGGUGAACAAGCGAUUUGCUCUGACUGGGUUCAAUGAUGCUGUGAGUGAGACAUCGUUGGUAGCAAAGAAUGUCCCAUUGCGUAUUGGUGGCAAGCUUAGGAGGGAGCACUUUUGUGUUGACAACUCCAUUCGGGACAAGGACGUUUGCCUUCUGGGCAGGACAUGGUUUACUAAUCAUUGUAUUAAAAUUGAUUUAAAGGAAAAUUUGAUCAUAAUACCAACAGGUAAUGGUACUCGUUUUAUUGAAGUGGCAUGUAUGAAGGAUGGUGAUGAACUACUACAAGAGGGUCCUGACAAUGAUAACGUAUCUACGGUGCCGGUGUACACAGUAUCUCUCAGGAUGGAUCAAAAUCAAGGUGGCUUCUCUGGUGAUGGUGUUGACAUUACUGGUGGUGGUGAUCAAUGGAAUCAAGGCCUGAUGAACUCAUACCAUGAGGACAUCGUGUCUCUGCAGGAUAGUGAAGGGGAAUCCAGCAAGAAGAAUCACGCUACAUUGGAGGAGGUGCUUGUGGACGUUCCAGGUGUGGUGCAGGAUGUGGUGAGGAGCAACUUGAAUACUUUCUAUGAGUAUGCUGGGCUGGGACGAGUGAACAAUGUGUAUCACGAAAUUAUCACUACUUCGGAUGAGCCAAUCCAAUCCAAGCCGUAUCGUUUAACCGUUGAUGAGGAGGAAUGCUUGAAGGAAGAGUUGAAAACAUUGUUGGAGCUUGAUAUCAUUCGUCCAAGCUCGGGUAAGUAUACUUCGCCGGUGUUCUUUGUGCCCAAGAAGGAUGGAAAACUGCGUCUGGUGGUAAAUUUUCAGAAAUUGAAUGCUGUAACUGUCAAGGAUGGCUAUCCUCUACCCCACAUCGAUGAUAUCCUGGAUUCUAUAGGAGGAUAUCAAUGUUACACAGUCCUAGAUGCUGCUUUCGGAUUCUGGCAAAUACCUCUACAUGAAAAUUCAAUUGAACGCAGUGGAUUUGUUACGAAAAUGGGUGUUUUUUCCUUCAAUGUCAUGGCCAUGGGCUUGCAAGGAAGUCCAAGCACUUAUCAGCGCUGUAUGAAUAAUAUUCUGCAGGAGUAUUUGGGUGUAUUCGUCUAUGCCUUCGUCGAUGACUAUGUGGUGUAUAGUCGGAGCCCUUCUGAACAUGCGGUGCACUUGCAAAAGAUAUUUGAUGCGUGUAACAAGGCUAAUUUGAAGUUGAAGCUCGCCAAGUGUCAAUUCAGUCGUGAUAAAGUGGUGUAUCUGGGUCAUGAGGUAGGCAGCGAGGGGUUACAACCAACGGACAGCAAUAUCAAGAAGAUGAUGGAGAUGCGGGAACCAAGAGACAAGGACGAAGUGAGAUCAUUCUUGGGCAGUGUUGGAUAUUAUAGGCGAUUCAUUGACAAUUUUGCUGGUAAGGCAGAGCCAAUCACCAAGUUAUUGAAGAAGGCAAGCAAGUUUGAAUGGGGCAAGGCGCAACGGAAGGCAUUCAACUACCUGCAAAGCUCGUUAAUAUCUCCACCGAUUUUGUCGUAUCCAAUCCGUACUCAUGUCAAGAUCAUUACCUGUGAUGCUUCGUUGGUGGGGCUCUCCUGCAUUUUGAGUCAGUCUCCAGAUGGUGGUCAAGAGGAUGAAACGGUGAUAGCAUAUGGAUCCAAGACUUUGAACAGCACACAGAAGAACUAUGCAAUCAAUCAUUUGGAGGCUACAGCAGUGGUGUGGGCGGUAAACCGGUUCAGACAUUAUCUAUCAAGCCGUGAGGAUUUUGUGAUCAGGACGGAUCAUGCAGCCUUGGUGUAUAUCUUCAACAGUGACAAGCCUUCUCCCAAGUUGCAAAGGUGGAAAGCAUGCUUGAUGGGUUAUCGGUACAGAGUUGAAUACAGGCCAGGUAGAGAGAAUCCAGCAGAUACUUUGAGUCGUUUGAUUUAA